AUUAUGACUGUGAGGAGUAAGAUGAAUAAUUCACUUAUUCUUGAUCUCUAUUAAUUAUUUUUAACAGAUGCUUCAAUUUUAAGAGUUACAAAAAAUAGGUGCAGGUUUGUUCAACGAAGUUUGGAAAGUAUUUAGUAUUAUAAAAAUAAGUUUUGAGGAGAAUUGAUCAUCAAAUUUAUGCAAUGAAGAAAUAAAAAUGGGUAAAAUUAAUGAGAAAGAAAAAUUAAAUGCUUUCAAUAAAAUUCGGCUGUUAACAUCUUUAAACCAGGAGUUCAGAAUAGGAUAUAAAGAAGCACUUUAUAUAGAAGGUAUUGAUUAUUUGCAGAUAAAGAAACAUAAACCUUGGGAAUCAUAAUCUGAAUAUGCUUAUGGAGGAAAUAUUGCAAAAUAAAUAACAAGUAAAUAGAAUAAGACACAAAAGUUUCAAGAAUAAGAAAUUUAGUAAGCCCUGGUAUAAAUAACACAGAGUUUGAAAGAAUUACAUGAAAAAUUGAUAUUUCAUCGAAAUAUUAAAUCUGCUAACAUUUUUAUAUCAAAUGAGGUUAAUAAUUUAGUGUAUUAAAUGCACAAUAGCCUUGAGGUCUAUUAUACACUUAAACAGGUAUUCCAUGUAAUUUUAGAUUAAGUAAAUUGAGUCUAUGUAUCACCAGAAAUAUGAGAGUUGUACCAGACAACAAUAAAUCAGAUAUCUGUAGAAUGUAUUUUAUAAGAAACGGGCAAUCAGCAUUCUCCAUUUCAAGCUUUAGAUAUGGGAUGUCAAUACAAAAAGAUCUAAAAAGGAAUCCUCCCUUUAAUAAAUGGUUUAUGAAUUCUAAUUUAGUAGAUUGUCCAUUAAAACCCCAAUUAUAGCUAUUAAUAAAAGAAUGAUAAAAACAAUAUAACUACCUAAACACAGACUGAAUAAUAUUACAACAACAAACUAUUAUGAAAAUUAGGAAAAUAAUAAUGAAUCUGUUAGAUAUAGUGUUUAAUCUUCGAAAUUUAUUCCAUUAAAUAGAACAUCUGUUAAUAAUUCUUGA